GGUUGGUGGGCAGUAACUGAGCUAAGAUGCUGCGGAGUCUGCUGGCUUUUUGUCAGACUGCCCAGAGGACCAUAAGUACUGCUUCACGCAGGCAGUUUGAAAAUAAAGUUCCGGAGAAACAAAAGCUCUUUCAGAAGGAUAAUGGAAUUCCAGUGCAUCUAAAGUGUGGGAUAGCUGUUACCCUCCUGUAUAGAGCCAUCAUGAUUCUUACAGUUGGUGGAACAGCAUAUGCCAUAUAUCAGCUGGCUGUGGCUUCAUUUCCCAAGAAGCAGGAUUGAUUUCAGUUUAUCCUCCCAGCAAUCAGUUGGUUCAACUCCAUUCAG